AUGUCAGAGCUCGACAUAACGUGCACUCUUACAAGGUCUAUUAAAGGGCAAGCAGUAGCAGAUCUACUAGCAGCAUUCCCGGGAGAAGGUACUACCGCACUGCAUGAAGACCUUCCUGUGGAAUUUCCAGAAAUCUCUUUUGUCAAAGAGGAAGCGUGGCUAUUGUAUUUCGACGGUUCUGCUACGCCUAGCAGUAAUACUGGAGCAGGUGUAGUUGUAGUGUCUCCAACUGGUGAAGUCUUUUCGCAUUCUUUCAAGCUGGACUUUCAGUGCACCAACAAUUCAGUAGAAUACGAAGCUUUCCUCAUAGGAUUAUCACUAGCCAAGCCAGCAGGAGCCAGACACCUAGGAGUAAGAGGUGACUCUAAACUACUGGUCAAUCAGAUGAAUGGAGUCUUCUGUACUCCUUACUACCCUCAGGGGAAUGGGAAAGGCGAAAACACCAACAAGACUUUGAUUCGAAUUCUCAGUCGAACAGUGCAUGAUAACCCCAGGACGUGGCACGAACAACUUCCUAUGGCGCUAUGGGCAUAUCGGGCGGUACCUAGGAGCUCUACUGGAGUUUUUCCUUAUUCACUUGUCUAUGGUGCUAACGCAAUCCUCCCAGCAGAGAUCAAAAUCCCGUCGGAUAAGAUUGCAGCUGCAAGUGGAGUCCAAUGGAAUGAGGCCGAAGCAUCGAACUCCAGAAUAGUGGAGUUGGACACUCUAGAUUCCAGGAGAAUUAAGGCGGAAGAACAUGCUCAGGCAUACAGAAAGAGAAUCUCUAAGGCAUACGAUAAAACUAUAAAACCUCGAGUUUUUCAAAUAAGAGAUCGUGUAUUAAAGACCGCGAAGCACAUUCAGCAAGAUGGGAAGGUCCUUAUGUGA